AUGAGCCCAGUAUGUUUGUUAGAAAGAUUUGUAAUGAUAUUAUUUAGAUCAUUUUAAGAUGGUUCAUGCGAAUCACGUUUUACUCACAAUAAUAUUGUCCUAGCACUGCACCGGGGAUUUCAUUUGCUUCACGGUGACUGGAAGCGUGCAUUUUUCUUUUGCCUCCUUCUGAGCGGAUCUUCACGGCAUUAACGGAUCGGGCUUGACUGUAAAACAAUUAUUAUAUAUUAUUAUAUUCUAUAGAUAACACGAUUAUAAUAUUACGUGCGUAUGAAUUUUCAUACAAAUAAAUAGAAUAUCUUAUACCAUUUAUUAGAAUAAAUUUGUUUUUUAAACCCAAAUCAAAAUUACACAAACAAAUUCCUUUUGUCUAAAUAGAUGGACUACAACAACCCGAAGCACACGCACGCCGGCUCUGAUUUUUGUAUUUAUUGUAACGAGCGCGAAUAGUUCGAAGGAGUAAAACGAAUAUUCGUUAUUGUAACGGGACAGGUUCUACGAGGGUGCGUUGGUUAGAGUUCUGCGUUUGUGUUAACGUAUUCUCCCCUACGUCGGGAAUGUUCGGAGACCGCGCGAAUGAGAGGGUCGUCGAAAGCGUUUCCAUGGAAACGCGCCCUCUUUACACAUCAAUAACCUCCUGCCGACGACUCGACGUUGUCAGAUUUUACGUUUCAGAUAUUUUUAAAUUUUUACUAUGCUUUUACACGUUCACAAGGAUUUAUGGCAAUAGUUUGUUUCCAUAGAAUACCAGAUAGUUUUAACAAAACCACUGAACUCUACCUAUUGCGCAAACACAUAAAACAUCAUUAUUCCUAUAAUAUUGCAUUCUAUUAAGAUUUUCAUCUUGUUUCGUCAAAUCGAAAGAGUGUAAAACUCAAUAUAAAAGUUCGCGUUUUUGAAUCGAUUGAUUGCAAAAAAAUACAAUAACAGGAAAACCAAUGUUCAUCGCAGUUAACGAAUUCAUUUUUAUGCAAUACGAUAAAAUCAUAAAAUUUACAUGGAAUUUACUCACCAUUAUAGUUGGCUACAUGGCUUGCGGUCAAUCAAUUGCAGCUACGUUAUACCUGACGAUUUAAUAUUAAUAAAUACGCGAAUUGAUUAUUGCCUAGGAAAUUUAAAAUUAUUUGAAACACGAUUAAAGGCGAACGAAACUACUAACAUCGGGCAAAUACGACGGUCACCGGAAGACUGACGACCGUUCACGUACGCUCUGGAAAGCACCUAUAAACACGUGGCGGGGGCUCAGUUUGCUUCCCGCCUCAAUCGUGCGCCGAAGGGUGGUUAUAAUCCAAUACGUCCGGGUGACCCUAAACGUCGUAAGCGUAGGGAGAGUGACAGAGAGUGAGGACAAAGGAGAGGGAGAGAACGAGAAGAAUGUUUUAAUAACAAAAAUGGUUUAAAAAUAAUUAUCCUCCUACUGUAAUAACUAGUUCCAAAAUUAUUAAUAAGAUACCAUUUAUGAAUUUUCGUAAAAUUUCUGGUCCAAAAGUUUUUUUUAACAGAGUGAAAAAAUAAAAUACACAUCAUGUUGAAAUCAAUAGAUCUUUCGUUAUGAUCCGAACCUAAAAGAAUUAAUAAAAACUGCAUUCAUGUAAUUUUCAAUAUUUUUUUAUAAACUGUUUAGCUGUUAUCUUUCUGUAUCAAAAUACGAAAUAAAUAAAGACAAUCACGAGCAUUGUUUUAAUCAUUUAAAUAUCGUUGAAAUUAUAACACAAUUUGAGAAAUAGUUAGAUAAAAUUGAUCACAUAGUUAAAAACCUAAUAUCUAUUAAAUAGAAAAUUUUUUAAAUAGUAUGAAAUUCAUACUUUCUCAUGAAGAGUGUAACUCCCAAUGCCCGCGUCACACAAUUGAAAAACACAGAUAUUUAAUAAAUUCUCUAAAAAUGACGUGUUAUCAAAUACGAUUAACAUCUACUCGAUUAAACGAUCGCAGUAACUCUUUGGUCAUAGUAGGAGCCAAAAUUAUAUUGUGAAAUGGACAUUUCUUUUCAUUGAUGUUGGACAUAAUUUCCCAAGUAACGUUUCUUUUUUCACCAGUUAUUAGGAUUCAAUGAAUAAGUUCAGAAAUAAACGUAAUGAGUGAGUCACAGAAGUAUAUCGGGUGUUGUCCGUCCCAGAAAUAAGACCGAUGUAUUAUGCAUCUAAAUGUUUAGGUAUAACCGAAAAGAGAUUUGCCCAAAUUUAAAAAGAGAUGCCUGCGAUUGAAUUAUCAUCUAUACAUUUCCAUAGACAUAUUUAUGAACAGAAAGUAAUCACCUCACAAUCAAACCAUCACCCUUUGAUUCACAUAAUGCCUUAAGUGUUAAAUAAAAUACCGAAUAAUAGAAUUUAAAAAAUGGAGAUGAUAUAUUUAAUGAUUUAUAACUUGAAUAUAGAGUACUGUUCUGGUAAAUAUUUAUAUGCAGCCACUUUGCAUAGCAGAAAUUUUAAACAAAAUAUUUAUUAGGCACAUUGGGUUAUAAGGGAAAAGUUGCAAAUAUGUAAACAAUUUUUUUUUUUGUUUUUUUUCAUAGCCCCGUGUGGUGUUUCAAACGAAAUGACUAAAGAAAAUUUGAAUAUUAUAAAAAAUUUACUUUCAAAAAAAUCAAAAUACUGUUAAAACACCAUAAGAUACCAAGUUAUUUAUCACAAAAAUUAUAUGUUGAUAGUACAGAAAUAUAUGGCAGUAAUAUUAUCAUUUAACGAUGAAUAAUUGUCCUAGGAGAUUAUAGGUGUUGAAAUAAAAAUAUAAAUCAACCUAAUCAAAUCAGUUAUUGCUUGAAUAAACGUAGUGUACAUUAGGUUUGGAAUUCUCAAACGCAUACCUGCAAUAACAAACCCUAUGGCUCACAAGAGUUCAAAGAUUUUUCCAAUCAUUGGCAAUUUGAAAUAAUAUUGUCUUAUCCGUACAAUGAACAACUAAUAAAAGAAAUUUCUUUUUUAAACCCAUAUCAAAAUAACAAAAACAAAUUGCUUUUGUCUGAAUAGAUGGAUUACAACAAACUGAUGCACACACUGCUUUUUGUAUUUAUUGUUCUAAGCGCAAAUCGUUUGAAGGAAUAAAACGAAAUUUGUAUUAUGUAUAAAUUUUGUAUCAAAAACAUUGUUACAAUAAAACCACUUGACCCAAAGAAGAUGAAUUUUUUGAAAAACUUAAAUGAAAAUUGAAAAACUUUUUUUAUUUAAUAGUUUGAUAAAAAAUAGAAUGAAAUCUCUAUCAGUACAAAUUUAUUCAAGCUUAUUAUGGGAUGUUUUUGUAAAGUGAUAUAUCCAUGAUAGUAUUAAUUUGAUUUUAUGAAAUAGCAAUAUUUUCUCUUUUCUGUAGAAUAUAGUUAUAUUUUCAAUGGAUAUUUGAUAAGUCUUUUACAAUAUUGGAGUUAUUCAGUUAUUUGCAGUUAUUAUCCAAAUCCUUUUAUUUUCUGUCUGAAAUUGUCUUUUUACAUCACUUUAACAGCCUAAUAUUUUAUAUUGUUAUGUUUUUUACAUUGUUUAAUAAAUUGAUCAAAUUGUAAUUUCUCAUUAUCAAUUUGACACUAUCAUUUAGUUAUAUUUUAAUAUUUUAAUGGGUAUACUUAGUACAUCAAUUUUAUAUUCUGUAUUUUUAUUUUAUUUUCAAUACAGUUUUCAAAAUUUGAUUGUUUAGAAUAAAUAGUAACAAUACACAUUGCUAACCGGUUAUUUAUAGGAUAAGAAAAAUGUACAAUAGUUAUCAAUAUUAUCAAUUGCAUAUGGAAUGUUCAAAGAAUUUUAAUAUGGGUGGACAUUAGGAUCAUUCAAAUGUCUUAGGAUAUAUAGCAGAUUGUUCCUCCAAAUCUUAGGAUAUGUACAGGAUGAUUAUAGGGAUCUCAUUUACUGCCCAAAAACAUAGUUUCCCGAUUUAAGGGAGGGAUAUAUAUGACACUAGCCAUACCAUGUGAAAAAUGCAGGAUGCAAAUAGUUGAGAAGAAAUAAUAAUUAUAUUAUUAGAAAUUUAUGACAAAUUUAAAUUUCAUAAUGAUGACAAAUAUGAUUGAUACUAAUAUAAUAAAAAUUAAUGAUGACAUUAAUAGAAAUCAAAGCUCCAUCAAGUUAUUUAAAAUUAAUAUUCACAAUGUAGCAAAAAUAGUAGAAAAUAAUAAGUAAGAAACUCUGAAUGGGCAUAAUAUAUCAAAGUAUGAUAGUUUAAUUAAGAAUCCAGACAAACCUAAUUUACAAAGAAUUUGUUAAAAAAAUUGUUAUGAGUAUUAGUUUUAUUUUAUGGCAUAGGGAAAGUGGCGCACCCAUUGCCCAGUACACAACAUUGUGUACUGCAAUAACCCCACACUGACUAACUAGUUGGUGUGGUCUGGUCCUCCUGGUAGGGGGUUUAGCGUAGGGUUAACAAUCCUACCUAGUAAAAAACAACAUGUUCAGGAUCAAGCAAAUUUGCCUCGGGACAGAGUUUUUGGAAAAUUGACUGGAAAAUGGAAAAAGGACUCAUCUUUCGGAACCUGGAACGUACGCACACUAUUUAAAUCUGGAGCAGUUCACAACAUAGUGAAUGAAGUUGAAAAAUAUAAAGUCAAAUUAACAGCAUUACAAGAAAUUAGAUGGGCCAACACAGGGACGAUAAAUAUAAACGAGACAACUAUCUUCUAUGGUAGCUGUACUGAUCAACGUCAAUUAGGAACAGGUUUUGCGGUGCACAAAGAUUUAGUCCCUGUAGUAAAAGAAUUCAAAGAUAUUAACCCUAGAAUAAGCAUGUUAACAAUAGAAGCACAAUGGUUCGAUAUAAGCUUCAUGAAUGUACAUGCCCCAACGGAGGACAAAUCCCAAGAUGAGAAAGAAACGUUUUAUGAACAAUUGGAAAGUUCACUGAACUCGAUUCCUAGCAAUAGGAUACAAAUUGUUCUAGGAGAUCUAAACGCCAAAGUUGGGAAAGAAACAAUGUUCAGACAAGUGGCAGGAAAACACAGUUUAAACUAG